AGGCAACAUCUAUGGAGCAGCCUUCCCAAUAAUCUCUGCCCACAUUUCUACGGCGGAGCGACUCCGGCUGGGUGAAUCUCCCUACGUUUUUCCGCUGCCCGUCCGAACAGGCAGGAGCAGGAAGCAGGAGCAAGACUUGUGGCCAAGAACGGAUAUCGUCGUAGCAUUCCCGGGGACUCUUUUGAAGUGUGUCUUUUUGACGCCGGACAGCUUUUAAGGAGUUCUUUCCCACUCGUGGAAGAUGGGUUCCGUCCCGGUGAUAUCAGCUCUGGUCUUGGCCGUCGUGGUGCCAUCGUUGGCCGGAUACAUCGAGGCGCUGGCAGCCAACGCGGGCACCGGGUUUGCCGUGGCAGAGCCGCAGGUGGCCAUGUUCUGCGGCAAGCUCAACAUGCACGUCAACAUCCAGACGGGCCGCUGGGAGCCCGACCCGUCGGGAACCAAGAGCUGCGUAGGCACCAAGGAGGGUGUGUGGCAUUACUGCCAGGAGAUGUACCCUGAGCUCCAGAUCACCAACGUGGUGGAGGCCAACCAGCCUCUGCGCAUUGAUAACUGGUGCAAGAAAGAGAAGAAGGUGUGCAACGGGCACGCCCACAUCGUGGUGCCUUACAAAUGCCUCGUGGGCGAGUUUGUGAGUGACGUGCUGCUCGUUCCAGAGAAGUGCAAGUUCUUCCACAAGGAGCGCAUGGACGUGUGCGCAAGCCACCAGCAGUGGCACAGGGUGGCCAAGGAGGCGUGCUCCAAGAGCUCAACAGUGCUCCACAGCGACGGCAUGCUGCUCCCGUGCGGCACUGACAAGUUCCACGGCACAGAGUUCGUCUGCUGCCCGCCCUUCCGCGCUGAGGAGUUGGCCGACUCAACCAGGGAGCAAGAGGAGGUGGAGGAAGACGUGGAGGAUGAGGAGAUCAAAGAGACCGACCUGGAUAAAGACGAGGACGCACUAGAGGACAGUGAGACUCUGGCUGAGGAGCAACCCACGCAGAAGGAGGAGACACUGGAUGAGGAGAACGAGGAGGAGGAUGACGACGAGGAGGAUUACCACUACGUCUAUGAGGACGAGGAGGCAGAUAAAGAGGACGAUGACAAGCGAGACAGCAGCAGAAUGUCCGACAGCCGGGAGGAAGAGGACAAGACUUUACAUGAAGUUAAAGCCGUGUGCACCCUGGAGGCGGAGACUGGCCCCUGCAGGGCUUCCAUGCCCCGCUGGCACUUUGACAUGAGUCAGAGGAAGUGCGUGCUCUUCAUCUACGGAGGAUGCGCUGGAAAUCGAAACAACUUUGACUCGGAGGAAUACUGCAUGGCCGUGUGCAAGCGACUCGCCACACCCCCCACUCCUCAGCCCGCCGACGACGUGGACAUUUACUUCGAGACACCGGCGGACGACAAGGAGCACAGUCGCUUCCAGAGGGCCAAGGAGCAGCUGGAGAUCAGGCACCGUAAUCGCAUGGAAAGGGUGAGGAAAGAGUGGGAGGAGGCAGACCGCCAGGCCAAGAACCUGCCCAAGGCUGAGAGGCAAACUUUGGUGCAGCACUUCCAGGCCAUGGUGGCGUCCCUAGAGGAGGAGGCUGCUAGCGAGAAGCAGCAGCUGGUGGAAACCCACCUGGCCCGGGUGGAGGCCAUGCUGAACGACCGCCGCCGGCUGGCCCUGGAGAACUACCUGGCGGCCCUGCAGGCAGACCCACCCAAGCCUCACCGCAUCCUGCAGGCGCUGCGCCGCUACGUGCGGGCCGAGAACAAGGACCGCCAGCACACCAUCCGCCACUACCAGCACGUCCUGGCUGUGGACCCCGAGAAGGCAGCUCAGAUGAAAUCACAGGUGAUGACCCACCUGCGUGUGAUCGAAGAGAGAAUGAACCAGAGUCUGUCCCUGCUCUACAAGGUCCCAUACGUUGCAGAGGAGAUCCAGGAUGAAAUUGAUGAGCUGCUCCAUGAGCAGAGAGCCGACAUGGACCAGUUCCUGUCGUCCAUCUCAGAGUCCCAGCCAGAUGUCACCGUGUCGUCAGAGGAGAGUGUGGAGGUCCCUGUCGUGUCAGAGGGGAAACCCUACAGGCCCAUCCAGGUCACUUCAUUGGGGUCCCGCCUGGAACCAGAAGGCGAUCUGUCCGACCCUCCGCGAGCAUUCAAGAAAGGCUCCGCCGUGUCUGGCCUGGACGGUCUGAUCGGCGCCGAGGAGAAAAUAAUCAACAGCGAGACCAAGAUGGGACCCAAUGUGGUGAUUGAUGAGUCUCUGGAUGUUAAAGACGUUGUUUACAGUGCAGCGAGAAUCCGCAUAAUGCGUGAUGAUGAGCUGAAGACCUACAGGCCCCUAGGCGAGGACUUCAGCUUCGGCAGCAGCGUUCUCAUCGGUCUGCUGGUGAUGGCGGUCGCCAUAGCGACGGUGAUUGUCAUCAGCUUGGUGCUGCUGCGGAAGAGGCAGUACGGCACGAUCAGUCACGGCAUCGUGGAGGUGGACCCCAUGUUGACGCCGGAGGAGCGCCACCUGAACAAGAUGCAGAACCACGGCUAUGAGAACCCCACCUACAAAUACCUGGAGCAGAUGCAGAUCUGAGCCCGCAGGGGGUGCCGCUGUGGAGCCUACUGGAGCAUACUACUGACCUAUAAUUCCAUAACAAGAUGAUAACGAUGAUGAUCAUAACAAUGCUGUUGUUCCACUCAUUUGCAUACAUCCAAAACAACCCUCCUUCUUUUUUUCUUUUGCAUUGUUGUUGAUUCCGAGACAGUUCUCUCUUCUCAUUUCCACUAGCUUGGAUCAAAGAUGUGUAAAAUUUCUGCAGGUUUUUUUUUUUUUUAUUAUUUUGUAGAUGUGAAUCAAAAGCUGUUUUUCAUGUUUUUAAGACAGAAUUGACACUGCCGUUUUCUCAGUUUUUUUUCUCCUCUCAGUAGGUUGCUUGUAUAUGAAGGUUCUUUGUACCAAUUAAAAUGUAUAGAUGAGGGGGGGGAAAGACAUUUAUUUACAGACGAUACAUAGAAAUGAUAUUAUAUGAAUGAAAUAUAUAUUGCGAUUGGCUGGCAACCGCCUCUCACCCGACGUCAGCUGGGAUAAGUUCCAGCUCACCCGUGGCCCUAAGGAGGACAAACACUAUAGAAAGUGGAUGGAUAGAUCAUAUGAUCGAAAUGCAUAUCUACAGCUCUGGGGAAAAAAUAAAGAAACCACGAAAAAAUAAUCAGUUUUCUCUGAUAUUACUAUAUGAACCAACAAGAACUAGAGUGGGUUAACACCAUUUUUAUUUAAUUUUAUUUCAUAUAAUUUUUAAGUUAAAUGAAUAGAUGAAGACUGGUCUAAAUCGAAAUUUAGUUCCAAUUUUGACAAAUAGGAGUCAGCCCAUUAUUCCACUCAGCACUUUUUUUAGCUUGGGUGCAAGUGCAACUGCAUGUUAGUAUAAGUGAAUUUUAUUCAUCAUCUUUCAUUAACUAUUGAGUCACGUGACAGUUGUUUUGACUUAGACCACUAUCACACUAAACUUUCAGGGUCAGCCAACACACUUUAAAGUCACUCUCCUGCAAAAAUGGAGUUGGCUCAGUCUGGUUCACAGUGGUUAAUUCAUACUUAUAGGACGAAAAUUAUCAUUUUUGCUUUAUUGUAUAAACUCCAAAAUUCCAAAUAGUCAUUUUAGAGCAAUUUAAAAACUUUGUAUACCAAGUACCAUCUAAACAAUAUUUAGCUCUACAAGUAUCAUCAUCAUGACCAUCAUUAAAAUACAGUACCAUAGUAGGCUUAAGUAUUAAUUACAAAUUAGAGCUUUUAUUCCUGAAAAAGUAUUUAAUAUUUUAUUAUUAUUAUUAUUAUGCACAGUAUGAACAUUGACGCUGCUGAUAUAUAGGAAAAUAAAAUGUGCUUAAUGUAAUCUAAAAUGUUCUGUAUUUAAUUAAAGUAUAUUUCACAUAAAAGUGACAUAAAAAUGUACCUGAAUAAAAGUUUAAAAACAAAGUUUUGAAACACUAAAUGCAAAUGUAUUGUACUAAAAAGUUCAAUACAGCUGAAAUGCACUUGAGCAGUGAUUAUAUUCUGUGUUCUUUUGGAGCCCACAAACCACAAGUACUAGUACCACACUUUGUGAAUCACUGUUUUGGGGCAUUUUUUUUGCAGAAAAGGACAAUUUUAAAUUUUGGUGGAUCUUUUUCUUUUUUCCAGAGCGUUAUAAGCAUGCACAUAUGGUGGGAAAGCUCUUAUACCAUGGGUAGGCAAACUGCAGCCCGGGGGACAUUUUGGGCCAGUGAGAGCAUUGGAUCUCAUCCAACAUUUGAUUCUGAAAACUCAGAGAAAGUAUACUUAAAAAUAUAUAUAAAUAAUAAACAUUAAUUUUCUUUUUCAUAAAUUGUAUUGUGGUUUAUAAUAAGAGUUCCCACCCCUUGCCACACACUGUAGCAAGUUAUUCCCCAAAUUAAUGAAAGGUGGAAUGUUCCAUUUCUGAAUGUGAUAGGGGACAACCUAUUGCGCCAGUCAAAGCCCAAAUUUAUUUGGAUUUCAAGGCACAUCUCAUUUUCUAUCAGCUAGAUUUUUGCAUGGGAAUUUGGGGGUGGUAAAUUCAAGCUUAUUCCAAACUUUUACAAACUUAAGUCCCCUUUUUUAUUAAUAUAAGUAAAUGGUUCUUCCCCUCUAAAACACAUCAUGUACAGUAUUGCCAUAACAAACACUACCCAUAAACAGAUAUUUAUAACAACAGAAAUAAAAUCAAUGACCCAAUAAUCAAAGCUGAAAUUUGUCUCCAAAGCUCCAAAUAUUAAUUUACAACUCAAUCAAAAUUAAUUUUAUCUCUCUACCAUCCUUGUAUAGUUGAUGUUCCAAUCAUGGCUUUUGCUUUACAGAGGACUACUUUUGUGGUGGUGUGCAUUGUUCUGAUACAUAUGAUGUUCUCUCUGUCUUUGUAUACAGUAUAUAGAUACAUCUAUCUUUAAUUUCUAUUUCUAUUUGUUUGUUCAUCCUGUGACAGUGCUGUAGCUCUGUACGUCUCACUAUGCACCCCCCCCCCCCCCCCCCCCA